AUGAACGAAAUAAAACCAUUGCAACAAGAAAGUGCAGAAAAAGGUUUAUUUCAAAAUGAAUACAUACAACAUGUUCGAACAAUAAAUAGUAUGUCAAAAAUCGUACCAAUUCCCCCAGAAAUAGCAAAUAGUCAAAAUUAUAGUUCAACAUCCAAAGCUGUCGGUAGAAUCAUUAUAUUGACACAUGUAAUUAGAUUGAAAGCUAAAGGUCAAAAAGAUGCUUGGCAGUGCGGAACUGGUUUUUGUGUUAGCAACGACACCGUGGUGACAGCAGCACAUGUGUUUCAUAACCCAGAUAGCAAAUAUAUAAAUAUCUAUAUGUUUUUUGGUUAUAAUGCCCAUAUACCUUCCGAGAUAGAUAUGGACGACAUUGAUAACUGUGAUGGAGUCUAUGAAUUGAUUUCGUUGGGACGGGAGUUCCAUGAUCAAUUCAAAGAUCCAUUGUUGGUACGAGGAGUCGAUAAUAGUAAUCAGCAAUUCAAAUGGUAUUUCGACAAUGAUUUACAGUUUCUUAAAUUCAAAAAUAAACCAAAUGACCAUACCUAUCUAAUACCAAAGCUACCAGACAUAGAGGGGCUAAAAGACCAUUUUGUAAUGGGAUAUCCAGGUCUCCCAGAUAUGGAUACCUUUGUGAAAAGAUUUUCCCUAAGCCUGAAACAGGAUGAACUCAGUUAUAUUGAUGCUUGUUUUAAGGCAUAUGCUGGUUUUCAGAAAAAGACAGUUUGCAUUGGUACAAUACACCCUUGUCGUUCCAAUGUCCAGGUAUUGUCACACUGCUGUCCAACAUUUACAGGUACUUCUGGAGGUAUUUUAGCAAACAGUCAAUAUAAUCAGCAGUUUAUUGGAAUACACAUUGGAAAUGCCACCGAAACAGGGAGUAUCGCCAUUUCAGUCACACAUCCACUAUUUGCUUAUUUAUAUUCGAAAUAUGUUCUUAUUGACGAAGAUUUCAUCAUAAAAAAUCAUGUACUUUUAGCACCUUAUAUAGAAUUUUUACUCAAACAACUACAACAACCUCAACAACUAGAGCAACUACAAAAACAAAUGCAACAACAAUUGCAACAAAUACAUAAUCUGUACGAACAAUUGCAACUAGAACAACUACAACAACACUUGGAUCAAACAACUCUACUGAAUUCUGAAUUAGGUUCUAUCUAA